GAAGAAAAAUCCAGACACUCCAAGGCAAACACUCUCUUCAACCAAUCCCACAUCCACAGGAUCAUGUCAUCUACCGGGUCAACCAACCACAACAAGCGACUGGCAUCGGAGACAGACAACUCUCAGAGGGUAUUGGACAAUGAUACUGCUCAGCACCUGAAGAUGAGGGACAGACAGCGUUUUUUUGAAGAGGUCUACCAGCAUGAUAUAGAUAACUACUUGCCCUCUGCUCACCUGCAGAUUGACUGCAGGAAACCCCCCAUGGGCAGUAUCUCAUCUAUGGAAGUGAAUGUGGAUGUCCUGGAGCAGAUGGACCUGAUGGACAUAUCUGACCAGGAGGCUCUUGACGUGUUUCUCAACUCAGGCUCUGGAACAGACGAGGGAGCACUGGCAUCCCCACUACCAGCUUCUGUCUACAGAGUGUGAGGACGAAGAUGAAGACGAGGAGGA